GCAGGCAAAGUCGAUCGGCGGAGUCGAGAGCCGCGUUCAGUUGCCUUCGAGCCGUACUUAGAAGUGGUAGAGCCCCCAGGAAUCGAAGAGAUUUUCCCGUAACUUGAACAUUCUGACGAAACCCCUCUGACCGACCGACCCUCGCAAUCACACUCAUCUAUAUACUGAUAUAUAGACCUAUGUAUAUUGCGCAGAUCACACUUUAAAUGCCUUUCGUCCAGAGAUUUCAACAAAUACGUAAUUUUGUUAUGAACGUCUGCCUCGUCGAGGCCAUCCAAUUCGUCCAGGACCUCACGCAUGCCCUCUGCCUGGAUCUCCAGGGCCUGUUCAACCUCAAGUAGAGAUCCCCGAGUGCUCACCCAGCGCUCAUACCAUCAAUCACCCUUCAUUAACCAACCGCAAGCACCUCACAAAGCUGACCAAAAAACGCCUCGACAUCCAGAAUCCUGAGACUGAACUGAGACGGACGUUUUG